AUGCAGCCGGUUGCUGCCAUAAAGGAGCGGCCAUUGAGCCGUGAUAAUACAGCUCAAGGCACAGUUGAGGCUUUAUCUCGCGCUUCAUUGCAGCGACCGGAUGUUCGAGCAUGGUGUUCGUCAAUGGUGUUUUUGUCUACUUCAGUCUCAAUUGGCGCGAUGACAUGCGGCGCCCUGAUCCUGAAGAGUCGGCAGGUUUUGCCUGAAUUCUUGAAUGAUACAUGUGCAACGGCAAAUGGUCUGGAAGUGGUGUGGACGGGCAUACGCAAGUACAAAAAGAACCACUUCGCGUUCCCAUCCACAGCGGCUUCGUCGAUGCUGAUUCAAGUCUUCGCAAACAUAAUCAUAACCUUGUUCCUCGAUGCUCACGCCCGCGUAAAUUUCACUGCCAUGCUUUGGCUCCUCCAAAAGGAGAGUGGAAAUGGUCCAAGAUACAACACGAAUUCGCGCUUUUUAGGCGGAACCAAAAAAUUCGGACCAUGUCAUUGGACUACCAAUAUUGUUGCGGCCGUGGCAAUAGCUAUCGGAUACGGUGGCGCUGCUACCCUCACGGCUCGCAUCCAUACUAGUGGCAUUUGUGACAAGGAAUUUAACAUCCUGGGGCCUCCAAUAUACACUGCUUGGGGCGUGGACAUAUCAGGAUAUCCUCUUGUGAUGCUCGGCGGCGCGCUUUGGGUACAGAGUCUGAUUUCAAUCUGGACGUUGAUCUUAAUCUUUGGGCCUGAGAAGAAAACCAUCAAAACUUGGAGCUCAGACCCUGUUGUGAACGCAGUUUUCAUGAUCCUCACGGGAGGAAUGUAUUUUGCAGACCCGAGAAACCACACGCAAAGGCCGCUUAGGAUGAGUGUCUACAAACAGGUGUCCCGAGUGCGUUGGCUUGUCCGUGUAAUUUGGGUGGCGUUCGCUAUCUUGGCCACUUGCCUUGUCAUCACUGCGUACUUUGCCAAACAGCAGGGUAGCUUUGCUAUUGAUCAGAUUCAAGGAGACGAUUGGACUGGCUUCGGGUUUGUUCAGGCCCCUAUCGGUCCCACUUCGCUCGUCACAGAUUGGGCAGGAGUGUUGAUUCAAUCAGGAAUGUCGGGCUUGCUGGCGUUCUUCAUGCAUUGUGCAGAUGUUGUGGCGUACUUCAUGAAUGACGAUGUGAGUUGGCAAGACGCAUACAGCCGGUACGCAGAAGACCCAGACGCUUUCGUGCCCAAGCUCUGGCGAUUCAAGUGGCGAAAUCUGGUCUUAUUUGUGGCAAAGUCCAGCAUUCAAUGGGUGUUCGGUUACGCAACUUCGGUCGACGCUGUCUUCACAGUGUCCUUUGUGCCUUUGGCAGUUGUUACAACCAUCAUGCUACUAGUUGCAAUUACGCUGGAAACAAUGGCACGAUACAAGCCUCACGACGGAGGGCCAACGACGUACGGGGAAUUCAGGCUCCUGAUUAAAUACAUAACUCAACAUCACCUUAUCUGGCUCUAG